AGCUGGCUUCUGCUGCUCUCGGAGAUACCGGGCUAAGAAAGAGCCAUGUUGCAUUUAGGGGUUAAUUCUUCUGUCUAGUCUAGUCCAUCCAUUCAUCAUCCUCGUCUUGGGACAAAAAUUUAGCUACCACCUUGACAGAGGAGAAUAAGACACUACAGUUGGCAAGAGACAGGGAGACUCAUGCAAAACAUGCCAUGUUACAGACACUUACGUCUUUUAAAGACUCUAUCACAGGAGCUGGUAGGAGCCGGGAUGAUAAAACCUAAUAACAUUCAGGAGACAGCUGGAAUCUGCAGACAGAGGCAGGGUAAAUCAGCUCUAUCUCACUCAGCCGCCACCUAACCAGAGCACAUGGCGAAUAUAAACAACGUGACUGAAUUCAUCCUCUUGGGCCUCUCCCGGAAUCAGAAGUUGCAGAAAAUGUGUUUUGCGCUGUUUUUAUUCUUCUACAUAGCCAUUGUUCUUGGAAACCUCCUCAUUGUUCUCACAAUCAUUAGCAGUCAGCGUCUGAACUCUCCCCUGUAUUUCUUCCUGAGUUACCUGUCCUUUGUAGACGUCUGCUACUCUUCCGUCACGGCCCCCAAAAUGAUUGCGGACUUCCUCACAGAGAAGAAAACCAUCUCCUUCAUUGGCUGCAUUGCGCAGCUGUUCGGUGUCCAUUUCUUUGGUUGCACAGAGAUCUUCAUCCUCACGGUGAUGGCCUACGACCGCUACAUCGCCAUCUGCAAACCCCUGCACUACACAACCAUCAUGACCAGGCGUGUGUGUGGCCAGAUGGUGGUGGCCUCUUGGGUAGGGGGCUUUGUGCAUUCCAUGGUCCAGACUCUUAUAACCACCUCAUUACCCUUCUGUGGGCCCAACGAGAUAGACCAUUAUUUCUGUGAUGUGCACCCUUUGCUCCAAUUGGCUUGUGCCGACACCUAUGUUGCCGGUAUCAUAGUUGUUGCCAAUAGUGGGAUGAUUGCGUUGGGCUGUUUCCUUCUCUUGGUUAUAUCCUACGUGGUGAUCUUAAUCUCCUUGAGGCAACGUUCCUCUGAAGGACGUCGGAAAGCGCUCUCCACCUGUGGCUCCCAUAUUGCCGUGGUGAUUUUAUUUUUCGGGCCUUGCACGUUCACCUACAUCCGACCUUCUAGCCACUUGGCAGAGGACAAGAUGGUGGCCGUCUUCUACACCGUGAUCACCCCCAUGCUGAAUCCGCUGAUCUACACGCUAAGAAACGAGGAGGUGAAAAGCGCCAUGAGAAAAUUGUGGAGCAGAAAAAUUAUGUCAGAUGGGAACUCAAAAGGGUGAUGUGCAGCGUUCAGGCAGUUACACAAAUCGGGAAGGAAAUGAGGACAAUAUUCAUGAGAUUUUAGAGAAAUAUUUGUCUCUUGCUUUCAGUUCAUCCGUGAAAAUUCCCCUUGACUGCCGAAUCUGGACAAACCUCUUUCAGCUGUCACGACAGUUCUAUUUUAAGAUGCAUAAGAUACUAAACUUCUAAUUAAUGAACUAUGGAGACCUUGGGAAUCAUUCCGUGAUGGUGAACAUUCAAAACACUAAAACAUGAAUCACAUUUUACGUAGACUGUAAGCUCUUUGAGGGCAGUGACUGUUUUUUGUUCCAUGUCUGUACAGCACCUUUCAAACUGGGGCUUGGCCUAUGGCAGGGUUGGUAGAUGCUACCACUGUAUGAAUAAAGAUAAAGAAUAGAGUAAUCAAAUGAAACUAGGAAAAACACAGUUCAAGCACCCCAUCCAAUCUACCACAAAUUUGCCCUCUCUAUACCAACUUCUAACCAAUAGAAUGUUUCUCUAUAUAUACUAAUUUCUUCCACCCAAUGGAAAACCAAAGUGGACAUACUCUCAGCUGGUAAAUAUGCGAUUCCAUUGUGUCCUGCUUUGGUAAAAAAAAUGGGAAUUUUAAAAGAGAAUGAAACGAACCAGAUAUUAACGGAGAUUUACAGCACAAAAGUGAAGCAACCACCAUUCCUGAGAACAGGGGGGCUUCCAUCCCAUUGGAAUGACAGGGAAACCUUCCAGUGGCCAUCUGGAAAACCUGGGGAAUAGAGAUGGACAACUCAAAUGAGGACAACCUGUGGUUGCAGGGUCCUACUGAGGAAAAAAAGUUUGAAACGUUAUCAGUAGAA